GCAAGAUGUCAAGUUGACUACUACAUGCUCUAAAUUUAGGGAGAGAGAGAGAGAGAGGUAGAAUCAGAGUUGGAGCAAAAUCCCCGCAGAGAAACAGGGUUAAGCCAUUUCAGGAGCUUUACCUCCGUUUCUCUUUCUCUCUCGCCGUCGAUCAAACCCAAAUGGCGGAAUCUAAAGAGUCCACGUCGUCGAGUCCCCUCACUCAACCCGAUCCUGAAGAUUUUCCCAAGUCUCCGCCCAGCUCCCCCAACUCCUCCACUCGCAAGGCUUGCUAUGCAGUGCUCCAAAGUUGGGUCUCAAAGAAGUUCAUGACUGGAUGUAUGGUUCUCUUUCCUGUUGCUGUGACAUUCUUCAUAACCUGGUGGUUUAUACAGUUCGUGGAUGGUUUCUUCAGUCCAUUAUAUGCCAGGCUUGGUAUUAAUAUAUUUGGCCUCGGGUUUAUUACAUCCCUAAUUUUUAUGUUCUUAGUCGGAGUAUUUGCUUCGUCAUGGAUGGGUGCAACUGUUUUCUCGGUGGGAGAAUGGUUCAUCAAACGAAUGCCCUUUAUGAAGCACAUUUACUCAGCCUCCAAACAAAUUAGUGCUGCAAUUUCUCCAGACCAAAAUACCACUGCUUUUAAAGAAGUUGCAAUCAUCCGUCAUCCUAGGAUUGGUGAAUACGCGUUCGGUUUUAUCACAUCAUCUGUAAUCCUUCAGCGUGAUGAUGGAGAUGAGGAGUUGUGCAGUGUUUAUGUCCCAACGAACCAUCUAUACAUUGGAGAUAUCUUUUUGGUCAAUUCCAGAGAGAUCAUACGACCAAAUUUGUCAAUUCGAGAAGGCAUAGAGAUCAUAAUAUCAGUUGGUAUGACAAUGCCACAGGUGAUUUCUCCAAUUGAAAGGGUUCCUCUUAAGAGGAUGGUAUCUCUAUAAAAUUGAUAACAGGUGAACACCAUACGAUGUUUGGAUGUGUCUUAUCAUACCGACCACAGGUGCUGUAUGUGAAGAUUAGCGCUUUGCUUAUAGAAUACAAGUAGAUAUGACUCAGAUGAGAAAAUCUUAAGUUUUGCUCUUAAAAAUGUUAGCUGGGUUUUCGAGUAGAAGUUGGUUUAUUUCAUCAAAUUUAUCUUGUAGGUCACAACAAAUUAUUGGGUCUUUUUUUUUUCUUUUUCUUCUCAAGUCACUGUUGAUUUCUAGGUAUUCUCUAUUGACGCUAGAUAUGUAUGGUGUGCCCUUUUGUAUCCAAAAAAAGGGAAAUGUGUAUAUAUUUACUGAAGGUCAUCACAGUCGUACUUUAGGGAAAUGUACUGUACAUUAAGCUUAACAUAUAAAACCCAAUACGCAUACGUUCUUAAU